AUGGUGAUCAUAUACAACCGCAACAAACCGUUCGUCUCUAACCGCAGCAGCAAAAGCUGCCACACCUUCCUCUUGCUGCUGCUGCUGCUGCAGCAGCAGCAGCAGCAGCAGCAGCAGCAGCAGCAGGAGGAAGCAAACUUGUUGCUGCUGCAACACAAGCAGCACACAAAACGCAGACAAACAAAUACGCACACCCUGCUGCUGCAGCUGCUGCUGCAGCAGAACCAGCAGAACCAGAACCAGCAGCAGCAGCAGCAGCAGAUACCAAUACACCAACACCCGCAGCAGCAGCUGCAGCAGCAGCAGCAGCAGCAGCAGGAGCUGCUGCUGCUGCUGCUGAUGAUGCUGGUGAUCAUAUACAACCGCAACAAACUGUUCGUCUCUAACCGCAGCAGCAAAAGCUGCCACACCUUCCUCUUGCUGCUGCUGCAGCAGCAGCAGCAGCAGCAGCAGCAGCAGCAGCAGGAGGAGGAAGCAACACACCCGCAGCGACAGCAGCGCAAAUCAAAGGAACAAUCAGCAGCAAAAACAGCACUGCUGCCGUCUCCGAAGCAGCAGCAGCAGCAGCAGCAGCAGCAGCAGCAGCAGCAGCAGCAAGUGGUGCUGCUGCUGCUGUUGACAGCAGCAGCAGCAGCAGCAGCAGCAGCAGCAGCAGCAGCAGCAGCAAGUGGUGCUGCUGGUACUGCUGCAGCUGCAGCUGUUGCUGCUGCCGUUAAUGCCGCUGCUGCUCAGCCGAGGCAGCAGCAGCAGCAGCAGCAGCAGCAGCAGCAGCAGCAGCAACAGCAGCAGCAGAAAUAUUUGUUUUUGUUGGCUCUUGGGUGUCUCCGUUCUUUGCUGCAGCAGCAGCAGCAGCAGCAGCAGCAGCAGCAGCAGCAGCAGCAGGAGCUGCAGCAGCAGGUGCUGCUGCUGCAGCAGAAACAGCAACAGCUGCAGCAGCAGCUGCAGCAGCAGCUGCUGCAGCAGCUGCAGCAGAAAACGGAGAGGACCGAAGCAAAAGGGCCCCUCGGGGGCCCCUCUUCUACAUCAACUGAGGCGGGUGGUUGCUUGUUUGUGGUUAUGUUUAAUAUAAGAGUGGCGUUGCUGCUGCUGCAGCAGCAGCAGCAGCAACAGCAGCAGCAGCAGCAGAAUAGCUGCAGCUAG